GUCUGUUGCGACCGUUCUCUCUCGACCUCCCCUGUUCCUCCUCCCCCCACAGCCGUCACCAUGUCUAAAGUUGUGCGCAGCGUAAAGAAUGUCACCAAGGGUUACUCCGCAGUUCAGGUGAAAGUCCGAAAUGCUACGAGUAAUGAUCAUUGGGGCCCCACCGGGACUGAAAUGGCUGAAAUCGCCUCCCUGACAUUCGGCAGCCCCACGGAUUUCUACGAGAUCAUGGAUAUGCUCGAUAAGCGACUCAACGACAAGGGGAAAAACUGGCGACAUGUUCUCAAGUCAUUAAAGGUGCUCGACUAUGCUCUUCAUGAAGGGUCUGAACUAGUCGUUACAUGGGCCCGGAAGAACGUCUACAUUAUCAAGACCCUGCGCGAGUUCCAGUAUGUUGACGAAGAUGGUAGAGAUGUGGGUCAAGAUGUUCGCGUUGCUGCCAAAGAACUUACAGCCCUCAUUCUCGAUGAAGAUCGCCUGCGUAGCGAGCGAUCUGACCGUAAACUUUGGAAAUCACGAGUAAAUGGCCUCGACGACUACCAGAGCUACGGGAAUGGUGCGCAACCACGUCGGGCAGAACGGCGGGAACGUCGGCGUCAGACGGAUGAUGACGAUGCAGAGUACCGUUUGGCGAUUGAGGCUAGCAAACACGAAGCCGACGAAGAGCGCAAGCGACGCGCCAAGCAAGCUGUAAACGGAGAUGACGAUGAGGAAUUGGCUCAGGCUAUUAAGCUGAGCAAAGAAGAGGAGGAGCUUCGCCGGAGGGAGUUGGAGCAAAGCAAUGCGCAGUCGCUUUUCGACGAUGCCCCUCCAGCUCAGCCUCAACCUACUGGAUAUAACCAGGGAUACCAGCAGCAGAGCGCCGUCGACUGGUUUGGCAACCCGAUCAACCCCCAGCAACCGCUGACAACAGGGUACCUGAACAAUCAAUACGCGAACACCACCGGAUUCCAGGGACAGGUCACUGGAUAUAACCAGAAUCCGUACGGUCAGAAUAAUUUCCUCCAGCCGCAGGCUACUCUACAACCACAACACACGGCCUUCAGCAACAACAACCCAUACGGAACCGAUGUUUACUCGCAGCAGCACCAGCAGCAGCCUCAGGACAACAACAUGCUUUCAGCAGGGAGCAACAACCCAUGGGCCACCGGCCCACAGGCAGAUGCUCUUAAGCCCAUGCCCACCGGCUCUAAUAACCCCUUCGCUCAGCGUACACAAUUCCAACAACCUCGCCCCGCCACCUCAAGCGCAAGCGCUCCCUCUCUCAACACCUUGUCGGAGGAGCGGGCAACCAACCAGUUUGCAUCCGUUAACCCUAUCACCAGCUAUCAAACACCACAAAUUCAGCAACCCAUGCAGCCUUACGCACCCCCCAGGAGCACCCCUCCCCAGAUGGACCCGCAUACCGCUCGUCUCAACGCUCUUUUGGCCUCCGGAGAGGGCCAGGAUACCUUUGGCAACACUGGAGAUCUACGUAUUCCGGCGCAACACACUGCACCAGGAACCUUUGUCAACUCUGCAGGUCAAGGGUUGGAUCGUCUGCGAGCUACACGAACCGGAAACAAUCCGUUUUAUGGCCAGCCGCAGCAACAGUUUGUCCCACAGCAGACGGGCUUCACGCAGCCGACCAACAAUCCUUGGGGUGGCCAGCCAGCUUACCAACCCCAGCAACAGGGCGGUAGCUUGAUAGAUCUGUAGUGGUAGAGAGGGAUGACGAAAUGCCUUGGUUUUUACCCCGUCUUGUUUCUUCUUUUUGUGUCUUGCCUAACUCGACCCCGGGAUGUUUUCUUUUGUAUGUUUUUUUUUUUGUUUUAUCUUUUUCAUUGUGCAGUUUCGAUUGACUAUCUAUUAUGGUGCCCAGAUACCAGAGGUUUUUUUUUUUUUUUUUUUUUUUUU